UUUCUUUGACAACUGCAUGACACUUGACAGGUUUAUAAAUGAAGACCAAAUUUGAAAGAAUAAAUCUAUUUCCAAAAUAUUAAUGGAUUUGGUAUAACAAUAAUAUCAAAAACAAUAAUACAUAUAUGUAUUCUGGAUUGUUAGCUUACUGCAGAACUGAAACCAAAUUUCCCGCGGGAAGAUUUGUAAAAUGUAUAAAUUUGGUGUUGAUGAAGACAUAGAAACUGAAUAAUUUAAUAAUUCUUCUACUAUUGUACUAGAAGAAUUAUUAUAAUACUACCAAUUACAAAUAGGUUUUGAUUUACCACUAAAUAAUAACGUGCCAACAAAAUAAUAUAAGCAUGCCACAAUCAGAAAUUAAAACUUCAGGUGAAAUUGUUAGAUGUGGUUGGGUUACUAAAGACCCACAAUACAUUGAGUACCAUGACAGUGAAUGGGGUGAACCAGUAUACGAUAAUUAUCAACUUUUCGAAAUGUUAUGUUUGGAAGGGCAACAGGCUGGCUUGUCUUGGAUAACAAUAUUAAAAAAGAGAGAAAAAUAUAAGCAAUCAUUUCAUAAUUUCAACCCUAAUAAAAUUUCAAAAAUGUCAGAGACAGCAAUACUGAAGUUACUAAAUGAUCCAGGAAUUGUUAGACAUAAAGGAAAAUUAAUAGCUAUUAAACAUAAUUCUGAUUGUUACCUGGCUAUGGAAAAUAAUGGAGAAGAUUUCUCUAAUUUUAUUUGGAGUUUUGUACAACACAGGCCUAUAAUUAAUAAUUGGGAAAAUGUAAAAGAUGUCCCGACUGAAACGGAUAUUUCCAAAGCUCUUUCUAAAGCAUUAAAAAAAAGAGGAUUUAAAUUUGUGGGAUCUACUAUUUGUUAUGCUUUUAUGCAGGCUUGUGGUCUUGUAAAUGAUCAUAUUGUUAGUUGUUAUUGUCGGAAUAGAGAUGACAUUUUGUUGGAUUAACUUAUAAUUCUUUUCUAAUUGAUUUAAUUUGUAAAUAUACUACUUAUGUAUUUACAAUAUGGUAAGACUGAAGGCGAAGCUGACUGUAGCUCUUCU